CCGGGGCACCGGAAGCUACCUCAGGAGGAACGGGCGGGGGAGCGGCAGCGCCGCGCGACUCCAGCCCGGUGCCCGUGGGCAGCGGGGCUCCUUCUUUUUCCAGGAUACAAGGCUUCUCCUCUCCCCUUUCUCUCUGUGCGGGGACUUUGGCCGCGCGGAGCCGCCGCCCUUCCCCGGAGCAGCAGAACUGGGAACUGCCUUUCCCGGACGUUGAUAAAACAAAUAUGUUUCCUCUCAUACAACGAUGCUGCUUCCACACAUCUUUCAGACUCCAGAAGUUAACGGGUCCCAGGCUGCUGCUCCGUGCAAAGAAUAAGACAACUUGGUCUUCCCUCAGCCUCUGGCUCCGGAGGGAUGUGUGUCCUCUUUCAAGACCUCCAAGCCUCAAACCAGCAUCAGUUUAUGCAACCCAGCUCCAGGCUUUCCACACCUCUCUCCCCGUCUCCAAGAAGAAAAAGCCUCCAGAAUCUGAGACAGAAUCCGAAAAAAGCAAGGAAUCCCUGAAGGACGUUCCCAAGCCGGCCCUUUACCUGAGCCUGGGGGGGCUGGUUCCCUUUGUGAUGGCACCACUGGCCAUGGUCAUCCAUGGCACCUACUACCCCGAGGUGGCCUUUGCUCAGGUCACAUACGGUGCUGUGACAGCCUCUUUCCUGGGGGGAGUGAGGUGGGGCUUUGCCCUUCCGGAAAACAGCCCAGCCAAGCCAGACUGGCUGAACCUGGCUAAUAGUGUCGUUCCUCCUGUGCUUGCCUGGCAGGCCUUGCUCUUCAAGGAUGCCACCCUGGGAGCAGUGAUGCUGGUGAUGGCCUUGGGGAUAGCGCUGCAUUAUGACAUCGCCCUUCUUCCCCCUUACCCCAGGGGGUUUAAAAGACUGAGGGUGUGGGGAACAGUGGUGAUGGUGUUAUCCCUGUUGGCCACUGCAGCACUGAAGCUCAUUUUCGAGGUGCAGAGUCUUGAAGGCAGAAAUAAAUGGCAGAACACGAAAUAAUAAAUCGAUAGGGAAAAGAUAUUGCCUGCCAGUAAGGUAUUUGCAUGCAGUUCCAGGAGAAAUAAAGAACUGAUUUGUGCUUAUAAGUGAUGAUGGCAGGGAUCAAGAUGCUUACUCUCAAAGCAGACUUGAUUUUCCUACUGACUUUCAGGCUAGUUCAGGAGGGAAGGAUUGCAAAUAGCAAUGACUUCCAAGGCAAAUGGGAGUCUGUCCUUAUCCAUAGAACGAGGAAUCACUCUUUAACGAGAUAUUGCUGUCAUAGGAAUUUCAAAUGGAGAUUCAAAAUGAUGUGGGUAUGAAUUGCUGUAGGCUGAACUAUUAAAGUAUCUGGUUUAACUAUAA